AUGCUAGUGCAAAGAUUAUUAUUCUCUCGGUUAGCUGGACGAUGUGCUCUUUGCGUUCGAUAUAGCAGUACAGAUCGCCUGAUUUCAGCGAAGCAAGCUCGAAACGAAAUAGUCCCAUUAUCGAGUUUAAAACCAGAUGAGCUUGGGCAUUCCAUUCUUCUCUGUAAGGAGACUAUGCCACCUGGAUCGCCAAAGAGCCCUCAUGAUGUCGUCGCUACUAGUGUUUUUGUCACCAAGGUUCUGUCGCUUUCUUCAUCUGUGGCAGGCGUGAUAAUGGUUCCCGUACUGUCAACCUAUCUAUGGGACGCAGCGGCAGAG